AUAGAUGAUCUGUAGUAACAGGCAUUGUAACGGGAUUUCGGAGCGCACUCCAUGGAAUUUCCGCUUUAGUUACAGUCACGUGCUGCGAGUUUCCCGUCUGUGCCCGGCUUUUCGUAAGGACCAGCGAAGAUCGCAGAUGAUACAAAACGGGUUACUGCAAGCGUCCGAAUGCGAGUAAUAAAAUUAUUGUGCGUUACAUUCUCACCACGAUGGAAACGUAAAGAUGUGAGCUGGAUACUCCGUUACAAUAAUUGCAUUUGAUUGACCUGAUCUUUCUCCGACCAAGAAGAAUGUUGCUGCAAGAAGUCGCCAACCAGUUCAGUGACUCAAACCGUGAUGUCAGCGCAGACACUGAAUUGCGGUUCUUGCCUGAUCAUGCUCGUUUGCGAUUGACAAGCGUUUUGGACGCUGGAGAUGGGUGGAGAAAGAUACUGCACCUGAUCACUCAUCCAGAUGACUCUGGCAGAAUGCUCUUCAACGCUGAUCACGCAAGGGUUCUCGAAAAUUACACAAGAGGAAGUCGCAGCGACGAAAUACUAAAGACAUGGAGCACGACGGGGCGUAAUCGACCAAAGAUAUCGGACUUGGUCUACUUGCUAAAACAAGCAGAACUUCACAGGGCAGCUUCGAUCAUCGAAGUCAACGUGCUGCAACAGGCACCUGACGAUGACGAAGCCAACCUUGAAGAUCUCCUAGACGAGCCUGACUUGGGGCCACCACCACCUCCGCCAAUCGAAAAUUGCGAUGAUGAGGUCACGGACAGCAUACUCAACGAAACGCCUCGGUUCAGGUAUGACUAUCUGGCACGAGCGACUGGCAACUUCUGUGAUGUGCCAUUGUCCGAGGGAGGCUUCAAAGUGGGAGAAGGAGCCUUUGGAGUUGUAUACAAAGGCACAUUACCAAACGGGACGGCAGUAGCUGUGAAGCGCAUGAAGGAAUCCCUUCCAGAACAGUUUCUCACUGAAGUAAGACUGCUGCGAAGACAUUCUCAUCCAAACUUGCUGCCUCUCAUUGGAAUUUGCUACGACGGAAGGGACAGCUGCUUGGUUUAUGAAUUCAUGGAGCUGGGAUCCCUGCAGUCAUGCCUUGCAAGAAAAAACUGUCCAAUGUACUGGAAAAGGCGUGUGACCAUACUGACUGAAGUCGCUUAUGCCAUCCAUUUUCUGCACACUCGCACACCCUGUCUUAUUCAUAGGGAUGUGAAAAGUGCCAACAUACUCCUGGACAGUAACUGGACUGCAAAGCUGGGAGACUUCGGACUGACAAGGCCAUUGUCAGGGGACAGUACUACAAGAACAGAGAUAGUAGUAGGGACAACUGUCUACAUGUCACCAGAAGCAUUCACUGGCACAAUCUCCCCCAAGAUGGACACGUUUAGUUUUGGUGUGGUGAUCAUGGAGGUGCUGACAGGCCUGCCACCAUACACGAAUGCAAGAGGAGACAUUCUCUCCUACCUGAAGGACACGCAUCCCAAUGAUAUCACACCAGUUCUGGACACCUCGGCUGGUGUGUGGGAUCGGGACCUGGCACAAAAAGUGUAUGAAAUAGGUGAUGUGUGUGUCAGGCUUGACAGAAGGGAGCGACCAACAAUGCAACCAGUUUUUGAGGAGCUGCUGAAGCUGAGCGACUUGUUGAAUAGCCCUGCAAGUUGAGAGGUCAUGGCAACCUACCAAGUACAGAUCAAGUGGUGCUCAAUGAACAGUGCUGUAUAAGUACAACCACCGAGGUUGUAUUGUAUCAGUUAUAUAAAUACAAAUUUUAUUUUUGUAUGUGUUUCUGUAAUUGUACGUUCAGAAGCCAACAUUCUUGGUAAUGAGAUGCAGCGCACAACCAUUGCUACCUACAUUGUCCUGUUGUAGUUUUUCAUUACCAAAGUGUGCACCAAUACGAUAUUUCCUGUGCUGGCAUAUUUUGUUACAAAUGUGGCAGUGUGCGGUUUUCAGUAAGAAACGAGAAGCAUUUCAUCCUAUACUUUAUUACAUGACUUGUCAGGCCUAGGCAACAUGACUCCAUGGAAUUAAAAACAGCAGAAAUCAACUAGACGAACAGAAGUGCAGUUAUCACAGGUGCCAAAAAGAACAAUUUUAGUGUCAGUUCUUCAAUGCGGCAGAAGUUCAGAGACAAUUGAUGACCACGUCUUCCCCUAAAUUUUGAAUCCUUAUACAGGCAUGCGAGGUUUGAUAUGCCACAGAAACUUGCGUGACAAGACAUUCAUUCUGCCGAUGCCUACUAACAGUCAAGUCAGGUUGGUCCCAUAAAUGCCCGACAGAUCAAGUACAAACAAACAAACAAAAUUUCCCCUACCAAGAAAUAUGUACAAUAAGAACACACAGUAGGUCACACGCACAAUCUAGGUGGAGCUUCAAUGCCAUGAAAAAACAGCACCUGGAAAGUGUAAACUAGAAUUUAACAUGACUAACUUUUUGGUUUUCU